AUGUAUGCAAUAUUCCCGGUCCACCAGUACACCACAUUUGAACUGCAGACUAAGUAUGAUUAUCUAUCUAUCUAUCUAUCUAUAUAUCUAUCUAUCUAUCUGUGUAUGUCUGUUUGCCUAUCUAUCUGUCUCUAUUUCCGUCUGUUCAUAUCUAUCUAUCUAUCUAUCUAUCUAUCUAUUUCAGUCAGUUCAUAUCUAUCUUCCUAUCCAGUUAUCUAUCUCUGUCAGUCUGUUCAUAUCUAUUUAUUUAUCUCACUCUGUUUAUAUCUAUCUAUCUAUCUGUGUAUGUCUGUUUGCCUAUCUAUCUGUCUCUCUAUUAACGUCUGUUCAUAUCUAUCUAUCUAUCUAUCUAUCUAUCUAUCUAUCUAUCUAUUUCAGUCUGUUCAUAUCUAUCUUCCUAUCCAGUUAUCUAUCUCUGUCAGUCUGUUCAUAUCUAUUUAUUUAUCUCACUCUGUUUAUAUCUAUCUAUCUAUCUAUCUAUCUAUCUAUCUAUCUAUCUGUGUAUGUCUGUUUGCCUAUCUAUCUGUCUCUCUAUUUCCGUCUGUUCAUAUCUAUCUAUCUAUCUAUCUAUCUAUCUAUUUCAGCCUGUUCAUAUCUAUCUUCCUAUCCAGUUAUCUAUCUCUGUCAGUCUGUUCAUAUCUAUUUAUUUAUCUCACUCUGUUUAUAUCUAUCUAUUUAUCUAUCUAUCUCAGUCUGUUUAUAUAUAUCUAUCUCAGUUUGUUCAUAUGUAUUUAUUUAUCUAUCGAUCUCAGUAUGUUCAUAUAUAUCUAUCUACCAUCUAUCUAUCUGUUUCUCUUCAUAUCUAUCUAUCGCUCUAUCUGUAUUUAUAUUUGCCUAUCUAUUUCAUUGUAUUCAUAUCUUUUUAUCUCAUUGUGUUCAUAUCUAUCUAUCUAUCUAUCUAUCUAUCUAUCUAUCUAUCUAUCUAUCUAUCCGUUGACUCUCUCUCUCUCUCUCUCUCUCUCUCUCUCUCUCUCUCUCGCUCGCUCGCUUUCGCGCCCACGUGAACAGAGAAAUACCAAUACCCACUUUUUGGAUGCUUCUCAGAUUUAUGGAUCCAAUUCAAUCACGAUGAGAGGAUUAAGAAAUGGAACUAAAGGUUUGUUGUCCAUAUUUCCCGAUUCCAAGAACGGAGAUCUUCUUCCUCAAGACAUUGCGAACACGGUUAACUGUCAGUUGCCAAAUCCAAACCCGAAUAAAAUAUACUGUUUUAAAGCAGGUGACAGUAGAGCGAACGACCAGCCCACUGUAAUCACACUGUACACGUUGUUUGCUCGGGAACACAACCGAGUUGCUAAAACGCUAGCCUUCAUCAACCCAACUUGGAAUGAUGAAAAGUUAUUCCAAGAAGCUCGCAAAAUUGUUAUCGCUGAACUUCAGCAUAUCGUCUACAACGAAUACUUGCCGGUCAUUCUAGGAACCAACAUUAUGAACACCUACGGCCUCACCUUGAAAUCCACGGGCUACAAGAACGACUAUUCCAAUCAUACCAACCCUGUUAUCCGCGGCGCCUUUACUAGUGUCAUGGACAUGACCAUAGCUACACUGAGCCGGGCAACAUUCAACGCUAACGGCAGAUCAAACAAACUAAGUUCUUCCUAUCAGAAUCCAAGCGUUUUCUACAAGAAUUUGAACGCCGUCGACUCGAUCGUUGGAGAAAUGUUAAAAGAAAAAUCACAGAAAUUCGACAGAUUAGUGACUGACGAAUUAACAAACAGGUACAAAGAAAAAGUCCCAGGUGAAGGCUUUGAUCUAGCUGCUACAACCAUUCAAAGAAGCCGUGACCACGGCUUACCUGUCUAUCUGGCAUGGCUAUUGCUCUGUGGUUUCAAAACACCCAUGGACUUUUCUCAGCUUCCAUUCCAUGAUAGUGAGGCUAAACGAAAGCUAUCAAAUAUGUAUGUGAGGGGGGCACCCCCCUCUCUCUCUCUCUCUCUCUCUCUCUCUCUCUCUCUCUCUCUCUCUCUCUCUCUCUCUGUGCGUGUGCGUGUGUGGUAA